ACCAUUGGUCACACGAUGUAAACAGGAACAUGGCGACCCAAACGGAGAACUUGCAAGUGAUGAAUGAUAAAUAUAACAGUGUUCCUACUGAUGAUGGUCGUGCCCAGGAUCUAAUUUGGCGACGGUUGUUUUUACGGAAAGGGAAACUACGGGCGUCAAGUAGAACAUCAGCUUUGAUGUCAGGAUUUGCAAUGGUUGCAAUGGUGGAAAUCCAGAUUGAAGAUGACAUACCUCCAAGUCUGAUAAUUGCUUUUAGUGUGCUAACAACAAUUCUAAUUUCAAUCCACGUCUUUGCCCUCAUGAUAUCUGUGUGCAUUUUACCAAACCUUGACAGUUUCGCGAGCAGCUACAGUCUGAACAACAAGAACGUUGACUAUUCCCUUCAUGAGCGAAUGCAUUACUAUAUUGAAACUGCAUGGAUAUUCUCAACAGGCCUUGGAACACUGCUUUUCCUUGCCGAGGUUGCCAUAGUCGCAUGGGUGCAGUUUUACAACAAAAGUAAAGAAGCUGCUAUUGCUUCAACAUGUAUUCUCAUUCCAGUCGGUAUCGUGUUUAUCUGGUUUGCUCUGCAUUUCUACAACAUGCUUGUCAAACAUAAGUACAAGCAGUCGUCGCAAGGACUGGAAGAACUGCAAAUGUACGUAGACAAACUGCAUCCUGCAGAUAUCCGCACAGUUUAAUUUAAAGUCUGUUAUGGUGAGCAGCUAAAAAACUGCUCCAAUCAGCAGACAGGAUUUGGCAGUCUAGCUAGGACUAAUGUAAUUGCAAUUGUAUUUAAAAAUGGGAUAUAA